AUGGAGACUCGUGGUGGGGGUAGAGGACGAGGACAAGGAAUCGAUGGGGUAACCAAUGAAAAUGCGAAUACACAAGCCGAAACCCAAGUAGCUACAGCCAUACAGCGAAUGGCUGAUUUAUUAGAACGAAUGGUUAACCAACAGGGUCAAGGCCAAGUACAAUAUCUUGGAAAUCAUGAGGGAGAGGACCGUGCCUUAGAACGGUUCCAGAAGUUUCUACCACUAAAAUUUUUAGAUGGACCUAGCCUAGAUAUAGCGGAGAGUUGGUUGGAGCGAAUGUUAGACAUUUUUGCUGCGUUAGGAUACCCGGAGGAACGGCUGAUAGCUUUCGCCGUUUUUCAAUUUGAGGGAGCGGCUCGUGCCUGGUGGAAUGUAAUUCGAGACAAGUGGAAUAGAGAGCAAACCCCAUGGACAUGGGUUAACUUCACUCGUGAGUUUAAUGAGAAGUACCUACCGCCACUUGUUCAAGAAAGGCUAGAGGAUGAGUUCAUACGCCAACGUCAAGGGUCCAUGAGUGUGGCGGAGUACGAGAUGCAAUUUACCAAACUCUCUCGUUUUACUCUUGAGUUAGUGCUGACAGUGUGA